AUGUCACGCCCCGAAGAUAUCCUCCCGCCGGACCUCUUCUACAAUGAUGUCGAAUCCCGAAAAUACACGACUUCAUCCCGUAUCAAGAACAUCCAAGCCUCCAUGACACACCGCGCCCUCGAACUCCUCGAUCUCGAUACCCCAUCACUCAUCCUCGACGUGGGCUGCGGAUCUGGUCUAUCCGGAGAAAUUCUCUCAACCAUCGAGGAAGAAGCGGGAGGACCACACACAUGGGUUGGCAUGGAUGUCUCCUCUUCAAUGCUCGCACAAGCACUAGAAAGAGAUGUGGACGGUGACAUGUUGCUCGCAGACAUUGGACAAGGCGUGCCGUUCCGCGCAGGUACCUUCGAUGCCGCGAUCAGUAUCUCUGCGAUUCAAUGGCUGUGCAAUGCGGAGACUUCGGACGUGUCACCCGAAGGCAGACUGAAGCGGUUCUUCGACGGACUGUACGCGAGCUUGAAACGAGGAGGUAAAGCAGUGUGUCAAUUCUACCCGAAGAAUCCUCAACAAAGGAGUAUGAUCUCUUCUGCCGCGAUCAAGGCAGGUUUCGGAGCAGGUAUACUGGAGGACGAUCCGGAGACGAAGAACGUGAAGGUGUACCUGGUCCUGACAGUUGGGGGCGGAGAUGUUACGGGCACAGUGAACGGUAUGGACGGAGUGGACGUCUACGACUCGAGACGAAAGGAGAGGAAGAGAGGGAAAGAUUUUGCGGAGAAGAAAGGCGGUAAAGCGUGGAUCAUGCGCAAAAAGGGUCAAAUGGAGGCAAAAGGCAAGGUUGUGAAAUCAUCGUCAAAAUACACUGGAAGGAAGAGGAAGAUUGCAUUCUGAGCGCCACCUGGAUCAAUCACUCAAGCAUUAAUCCGGGUCCCACUGCCGUCUAGCCUGGCUGGAAUAGUCUGGAACGUCAUUAUCACGAUCUGUCUUUGGCUGGGAGUCGACCAUCGUCGUCCUAGCCGCCGACCUUGUGGCCGGCGCUUACAGCGAUAUCAUGGCAUCGGUGGCGAUACGAUGCUCACUCAGUCCGCCAGAUAUCUCAAUCGAUCACUGGCCUUAUAGCUCCAGCCGCCCGAGCCACACUUGCUUCCGGCAUGUGAUACACCGAUCGUGGCAACACGCGCUUGGCCGUCCCAAAACGAAGCCUGUCCCUGCAACGACCAGGUAGCAUUUUUCGACCAUG